CGCGACAUUUUGUUUUUCACCUUAGGGAAAAUGUAAGUCCGGACAUGGCCCAAUACUCGCCGCGCCAGUGCCUGGCCACGCCCGGAGCCUCCGACUUUGGCUUCCCAUUCGCCCCGUACGCCAUCCAGGAGCAGCUGAUGCAGGAGCUCUUCUCGGUGCUGGAGCGCCGACAGGUGGGCAUCUUCGAGAGCCCCACGGGCACUGGUAAAUCCCUGACCCUAACAUGCGGGGCCCUCACCUGGCUGCGCCAGCAUGAGGAGUUGGUUCGCUCUGAGCUGCUACAGCGCAUCGUCGAAGUGGAAAAGAAGCUGGACCGCCUGCAGGCAGCCAGUGCCCAGGAGGAGGACUGGAUCAGUGCCCAGAGUGAGUCCCGUGAGCAGCAGGUGGAACUUCAGCAACUGAAUCACCUCUGCUCGUUGCUGGACAAGCGAGAACAACAGCUGGUGGUGAUCAGGGAGAGAACCAAGGAAAGGAAAAAGCAUCAGAAGUUCAGGACAAGACCUAAGCCCGAAGAGGAACAGCAGGUAGACAACGAGCAUCCCUCCGAUGCGGAUACGGACUCCGACUCGGACCACGAGCUGGGCGACGGCCCCGAGGAGCAGUCCGAGGAUCGCUACCGCCCCGUGCAGAUCUUCUUCUGCAGCCGCACCCACUCGCAGCUUGCGCAGAUCGUGGCUGAGCUGCGGAAGACCCCACACGGGGCGUGGGUGCGUUGCGUCUCACUGGGCUCCCGACAGCAGCUGUGCAUCAAUCCGCAGGUGCGAAAGCUCCGAAACGUGGGCCUGAUUAACGAGCGCUGCCUGGACAUGGCCCGGAGCAAGGCACCGGCCAAUCCCAGCAAGAAAUCCCGUCUCGCUGCUGGAUCCGCCGCCUCGCUCAGUCGUUGCCCCUUCAAGGCGCCCGCGAAGGUGGAGAGCCUCCGGGAUGUGGCUCUGUGCGAGCCCCUGGACAUCGAGGAACUGGCUGUCGAAGGCACCGCAUGCGGUGGCUGCUCCUACUACGCCUCCCGAUCAGCCCAGGACGACGCCCAGCUGGUGCUGCUGCCCUACCAGCUUCUCCUCCAGCGCUCAGCCCGUCAGCAGCUGGGCAUCGACCUGCGCGGCUCCGUUGUGAUCGUGGACGAAGCUCAUAACCUUCUCGACUCGAUUGCCCAGCUGCACGGCUCGGAGCUGACCCGCUCCCAGCUGGAACUGGCCCGCGACCAGGUCUCCGGCUACAAGUUGCAGUAUGCGCGCCGCCUUAGCACCCGCAAUCUCCUGAGCAUCAACCAGCUGCUGUUUGUGCUGCGCCGUCUGCUGAAGCUGCUCGAGCCCAAGGCCGGAGCCACGUCCGUGCGGAUGCUGCGCACCUACGAGCUCUCGUCCGAGGGCGACUUCGACAACAUCGAUCUGCGCGCUCUGCUGGAGUUCUGCGGCCGAACGCGCUUUGCCCAGAAGGUGCAGGGCCAUGCGACCCGGGCCCAGAGGGAGCCGCGUCCCAGCGAGAACCAGCCGCCCGGCUCCAGUCGCCAGACACUACUGCAGCACCUGGUCACGCAGCAUAAGACGCUAGGAAAGCAGCCCCAUGGAAAGCGCAAGCUGGCCGAGACCCAUGCAGAGGCAGAAGAGGAGCUGCAGAUGGAGAAAAAGAGCAGCAGCUCCGAUCAGGUUGCACCUUCCCCCAUUCGGCCUUUGUUGGCCUUCAUCGAAACGCUCACCAGCAAUGCGGCAGAUGGAAGGGUACUGCUCAAUCCCCAGGCGGGAAUGGUCAAGUAUCUGCUGCUUGAUCCAGCCGAGCACUUUGCCGACAUCCUCUCGGAGGCCAGAGCGAUUGUCAUUGCUGGCGGAACGAUGCAGCCCACGCAGGAGCUGAAGGAGCAGCUGUUCGCCCGCUGCCCAGAGCGGCUGGUGGAGCGCUUCUAUAGCCAUGUGGUGCCGCCGGAUGCUGUGCUGCCGUUUGUCGUGGCAAAGGGACCGACUGGGGCCAGCCUCUGCUUCAGCUAUGCUCAGCGUGGGACUCCCGCCAUGCUCAAGGAACUGUCGAUGGUGCUGCAGAACCUUUGCAAUGUCUUGCCCGGGGGCGUUGUCUGCUUCCUACCCUCGUACGAGUACCUGGACACGGUCCACACCCACCUGGAGCAGAGCGGUGGCCUGCAGAACAUUGCCCGAAAGAAGCGCAUCUUCCGGGAAUCCUCUGGUGCUGCAGAUCAGCUACUGCAGCAGUAUGCAGAGGCUAUUGCUGUCCCCAAAGGAGGGGCACUUCUGCUGGCCGUCGUUGGUGGAAAACUGUCCGAGGGACUGAACUUUGCCGACGACCUGGGACGGGCCGUGCUCGUUGUGGGCCUGCCCUAUCCGAAUCGAAAUGCGCCAGAGCUGCAGCAGCGGAUGCGUUAUCUGGAUGAGCGUCUGGGCUCCGGCGCCGGCAACGAGUAUUACGAGAACAUCUGCAUGAAAGCGGUCAACCAGUGCAUCGGCCGCUCUGUUCGCCACAUCCGGGACUACGCAUGUGUCUUUCUACUCGACGAGCGCUAUGCCAGCGCCCGGAUCCGGGAGAAGCUACCGGAAUGGAUAGCCCGACACAUUUUCGAGCCCAACGGCGUUGCAUUUGGUGCUGUCCAAGCACGCACCGCCCGCUUCUUCAAAAACAGAUGAAGCGCAUUUUUAUUUAUUUCUUAAAUCGGAGAUCUAAUUUAAGAAUUUAAUUUAUUUAAAUAUAUACACAUCGAUUAAUGGCGGAAAGUGUUUCUACCAAUCGAAUGCGAUUAGUUCUUAGAGAUGUGCAGAUGUGACUCCAUGUUUCCAAAAGAGGGAGCCCAGAGUUGUCCCUACCUAACAUCGAAUGUACCGUGUAUUUACAAGACUUUUCGCUCUAGUGGUGGGUUCCCAUAAUUUUCGUGAUGAUAUCCGCAAAUUAUAUUUUUACUCUUUAGACUUAUAUUUUGUUACUUUAUUGAAUAAAGGAA